AUGGACAAUGUAGGAGAAUGUGGCGUACGGUUAAGCGGUUCGCGUUGCAAAAGUUACACAUUGGCGGUGGGCUCUUUGUUAAAUGGUAUUGGUGUGUUAAAAGAGUAUGACCUAGCCUUAAACGUACAAAGCAUCGGUUCAUCCAAUGACCUCACAACGCAAGAUCGCGAUAAACGUCUACUGAUUGAGGUUUGGGAUUGGGAUCGUACAUCACGUAAUGACUUCAUGGGCUCAUUUUCAUUCAGCUUGGAAGAGAUACAGAAGGAACCCAUCGACGGCUGGUACAAGUUUCUCUCUCAAGUUGAGGGCGAGUACUACAACAUACCGUGCUCGGAUCCGGUCAACGACAUAGCGCGCUUGCGCGAUGAAGUGCGAAUGGGCAAAAAAACCGAUAAUAGGCGCCGCAUGGACAACAAAGAUAUGCCACACAAUAUGAGCAAACGCGAUAUGAUACGUGCAGCAGAUUUCAAUUUCAUCAAAGUACUUGGCAAGGGUUCGUUCGGUAAAGUGCUGCUGGCCGAGCGCCGUGGUACCGAUGAGCUGUAUGCUGUGAAAGUGCUGCGCAAGGAUGUCAUCAUCCUGACCGACGACAUGGAAUUGCCCAUGACUGAGAAGCAAGUGUUGGCGUUGUCAGGCAAACCGCCAUUUUUGGUCUCACUACACUCGUGCUUCCAGACUAUGGUGAGUGUGAGCGGAUCGUCUAUUCUUUGUCAUGGAGUACUGCAAAGGCGGUGA